AUUCAACCGCACGUGAGGGAAGGCCGUAGGAAGGCCGUGCGUUACGCUAUACACGAUUUUGUUCCUUUCAUUGGUGGUUUAUAAGAUCUUUUAUUUGUGAUUGUACUCCUUAGAGAAGUUGAACUCAUAUUUAAGUGGAAAAAGUUGAUGCAGAGUUGAAUUUAGAAGCAGAGUGCAGUUUCCUUACUGAUAUUCACAAUGGUUAGAUGCAAACGAAGAUAUUUUGUGGUUGAAGUAGUGCCAGAGAAGUCCUUGGACCUUACCUGGUAUGGACUGAAGAAUGCUAUAGUAGAUACAGUAAGAAGGCUACAUGGGGACUUUGGUGUUGCUGCAACAACUUUAGGCUUUCAAAUCAAAUAUUGCAAUGCAGAUACUCUGAUAGCCUUCAUAAGUUCAACCAGAGGUCCUCACCAGUUAAUUGCAAUGGCACUGCCACACAUCAAGACUAUACUCAACCAGCCUGUGGUUGUUCGCACCUUGCAUCUAGCUGCCUCUAUGAGACAUGGCUUCCUCUUUGUAAAAAAACAUCAUGAAGAAAAAAUUCAGGAACUUGAAGGAAAACUGAAGACACAUGCUGAGAAGGAGCACUGGCAGCAUGUGAAAAAGAAACCAUACCUGAGGUGAAAAGGGUUGAAAUUAUUUAAAAGGAAAUAAUUUGGUUUUUGGAAUAGAAAGAGAAAACAAUUGUAUAUAGUGAGAGUGUGUAUACAGAAUAGGAGAGGCAAAUUUGGUUUAUUUUGCAGAACAGUAUAAUGUAUGAUUGGCUCAUUCAGAAGGAAAGGAAAUAUACUGUACUGUUUACUUUAGUCUUGUCAACAUUAUUACAAAAAAACUUGUAUGGAAAAAAUAUUAAAUUUUUAAAAGAAAAUAACCAGCUGUUUGACUUCUGCAGUCAUCUUGAAUUUACAUCUUACUGAUAUUCUAAGUUCUUGUCAUUAAGUUAACAUUACUGUACAAUAUGUGUCACUGUUCUGUAAAUGAUUUUUUUACAUAUUGAUGUUGCAUGAUUUGCCUUAUUAACCCUAAGGCAGACAGUAGCUUUUAUCCAAACUAUAAAGAGCCAAGUACAUCACACAGUCAGCUUCAUAAAUGAAAAUUAAGGGGCCUUUAGCAUGUACAAUAGAGUAGGCUCAGCUGGAUACAUACCAUACGGGCUCAGUACAUCAUGGCAAGAAUAAAUGUCUCCUGGGUUAAAUGUUCAAAACGUUUUGGAAUAGACUAAUAUUCUCUUAACCCAGUGCCGACAGAUAAAAAUGUUUGGCAAAUGGACGUAAGAAUUGUUGGCGCACAUCAGCAGUUUCCCCAGUUUGCGCCCGGCUCGAUCGGUAGUUUGCAAGCGACAUUUAGCACCUAAAAGCUUUAUUUUGCUAUAAUUUAUAAAAAUAUUAACAUUUUGAAGGUUUACCUUCAUUAUAGGUGCCAUCGCCUAAAAUCUUUACCAUAUAAAACAAACUCCGUCCGAUGAGCCAGUGGCGUGGGAAUGGGCAUAAUACAGUGCCAUCCGUGUUUUGGUCCACAACAGCCAUGGUAUGUACGUACAUGUCACCCAUCGGCCAAGGGCUAACCCAUUGACGUAGGGAAAAUGUUGCGUUCACUAUAAUAUUAUUUUGUGAACUGUCUCUCUACAUGGAUGGCUCUACUAUUGCUUAUACACAAAGACUCAAUUAGUAGACCUUGUAACCUCACCAAAUUUCACCUUUCCAUGAAUUUGCAGGAAUAACAAAUGUUUUACUUAUGCUAUAAAUAUUGAUGCUUUUGUUAUUAUAAAUAUUAAAUUUAUUUUAAUGUUACUGAGAUUAAUAGCUACAAUAUAAAAUGCCCCCCCCCAAAAAAAAAAAAAAAAAAAAAAAAAAUGGUAAACAGGUGAGAUAGUACUCGUAACUGGCUCAUUGGUGACUUCGUACUUGAGGAGCCAUUUAUGAGUAAAGACAGUUGAUAAACAAAACUCAAAGUGGGCAUGACAUGUAUGUAUAUGCCACCCCUGACAGUUUUGGCUGAAGAUUUAAAAGUGUCAUAGAGCAACAAUUGCUUUUGACUUCUUAUCACUGUUUUAUUAAAAAAGCAUGUCACACAAUGGUAACAUAACUAUAUUUAAGAGAGAAUAAUUGUGCUCUAAAAUACUAGAGUUUUUCAUUGAAAGGAGUUGUAUAAUCACUUCUGCCAUUUCAUGUCCCAAAACAUAUAGACCUGGUGUUUCUGGGAUACUAAUAGUAAAAAUCUUCCAAGGCACUUUUGUAAAGAGGAAAAAUAUACAUAACAGUCCAAAGAACUUGCCUUUACAGACUUUAAUGAAAAUCACGUUUAGUUGUAAAUUCUGUGAAUCUGUUUGGUGUCUUUUCAAUGUAUACUUAAUUGAGCCAUUAAAUACCUGAUGAGAUGUAACAUAUCAUAUGAUAUGAAACCAUUUAGGACAGUACUAUGUCAUUGUUAUUGUGUAUUUCCCAUGUUAUCAUGAUGAUUGGAUAUUUCAUUGAUCAGCAAUAAAGAGUAUUUCUUAUC